GUCACUUUUCACGUCGCAGCCGUCAAAUGAGGACGAACAUAAUUUCUGUGAAGAGAUCUCUCCGUGCUAGUGUCAAGAUGGGAUGCCUCAUACCUAGAAACUUGACCGACGCAUGUGCGAGGCUACUUCUCCUGGCAUUUUUAUCCUUAAUUGUAUGUUUUAUCUAUUCUAACCACGAUAUACAGAUGCCUCUUGUCCACAAGAGAGGUUUGCAACGGAGCCAGACUGUGAGAGCUGAGAGCCAAACCUUACCACCAAUGAGACAAACUGCCGGACAUGACGACAACGAGACAGUAUGCUCCUUUCCCGAGUUGGACCCGUUUGAACCGUCCGUAAUCGGCUUGAUCACGCUGUAUAACACCACAACGUGUUCUGGCCGGCCCUCUGUGACCUACAUAGAUGGAGGAGUCCUCAGGCUCAACUGGACCAAGAUUCACAAAGUUCUCAAGAGAGAGAACUUUUCCCAUUGUCGGUAUCGGCCCUUGUUCCGGCACUCCACCGAUGAGAACAAGUUCCAGACAUCUGGUUGGAAAGGGCCGUUCUCUCACGACCUACACCUUCCACUACAGGAUGAGUUUCUCCAUGUGGAGUGUGAAGAUCAUCUAAAAAACAAGGUCGCCGAGACGUAUCAUACUGUAGUGCAGCCCCAGCCUGCCAUAGAGCAGGGUUCCCGUGUCCUCCUAGAGCGCCACCUGUCCACGGCAGCCCCAGCAGAAGUCCUCAAUGUCCUCAUGGUGGGGGUCGACGGGACCUCCAGGAUGAACUUCAUCAGGUCAAUGCCACAAACACGGAAUUUACUGCUGGGCCUGGGAGGAAUCGAACUGGAACGCUACAACAAAGUGGGUGACAACACCUUCCCCAACUUGACCCCUCUCCUGACAGGAAGUUAUAUCACAGAGCACUUAAAGUACUGGGACUCAUCCCAGUACCUGGACGAGUGGCCUUUUAUAUGGAAGAAGUAUUCAGACGCUGGCUACCGAACCCUGUACGCUGAAGACUUCCCCAACAUCGCGACUUUCAACUACCUCAAGCAAGGCUUCUACGCCCCGCCGACCCACUACUACGCACGCCCUCUGGCGGUUGCCAUGGAAGCCAACGAAAAAAUAUGGCGAAACAGCCACAACUGUCUGGGCGACACGACGGCUGUGGAGUUCAUUCUGAAUUAUCCAAAACAGUUUGUGCGGUCGUUUAAACAUGAGCCACACUUUGGGUUCGUGUUCCUGAACCGGCCUACUCACGAUGACCUUGGCCUUGCACGUGCGGCGGACGAACAACACGCACAGUUCCUGCGGGAUCUCGUGUCCGAGUCUCUCCUUAACAACACACUUCUCAUUUACUUCAGCGACCACGGGGCCAGAUACGGCAGGUUCAGAACAACCUUCAAUGGGAUGGUCGAGGAAAGGGCGCCCUUCAUCAUGUUCGUAUUUCCGAAGUGGUUCCACCAGAAAUACCCACUUUACGUACAGGCGCUCCAGACAAACAGGAAAC